AUGCCAAACUACCGACUGCCCCGUGCUGGCGUCUGGCGAGCGAGAUCAGUUCUCUGCUCGUCCCCUUCCCACGCCCAAUGUCGGGCCAAUCAUACCAAAUCUCAACCAACCAAGUCCCUCGACUCGAUCCUGAUCGCCAAUCGAGGCGAGAUUGCCAUUCGCGUCAAUCGAACUGCAGCCCAGCAUGGAAUACGGACCACUACCCUCUACACAAAUCCGGAUGCUCAUUCACAGCAUGCCCACUGCUCACCCUUCUCCUUCAACCUAGGCCCAACCACGGCUUAUCUAGACCAAGAGAAGAUCCUGGCCAUAGCGAAGCAGCAAGGCUGUCAGGCCAUCCACCCAGGAUAUGGAUUCCUGUCGGAAAAUGCGGAAUUUGCAAGAAGAUGCGCCGAAGAGGGAGUCACCUUUAUUGGGCCUCCUCCUAGUGCUAUGGAAGACAUGGGCGACAAGGCAAGAAGCAAAGAGAUUAUGAACGCGGCCGGAGUCCCAUGCGUACCUGGGUACCACGGCGCAGACCAGGCGCCAGAAAGUCUUGCGAAGGAGGCUGAGCAGAUCGGUUAUCCAGUCCUCAUCAAGGCUGUUCGCGGUGGAGGUGGUAAAGGCAUGCGGAUUGUAAAGAGCGCGAAGGACUUUCAGGAUAUGCUUGAAAGUGCAAAGAGCGAGGCACGAAACUCGUUUGGUAACGAUGAAGUGCUCGUGGAGAAAUACAUCAUCACGCCGCGACAUAUAGAGGUUCAAGUGUUUGCCGACCAGCACGGAAAUUGCGUUGCCCUUGGGGAGCGGGACUGCUCGAUACAGCGGAGACAUCAGAAGAUCCUUGAGGAGUCACCAGCACCGUUCCUGGACGACAGUAUCCGGAAGGACCUGUGGGAAAAGGCCCGAGCCGCUGCUCUGGCCGUCCAGUACGAAGGCGCGGGCACGGUUGAGUUCAUUUUUGACAACGAUACCGGAGAGUUCUACUUCAUGGAGAUGAACACCCGACUCCAAGUCGAGCACCCCGUCACGGAAAUGGUGACUGGGUUGGACCUUGUCCACUGGCAGAUUCUGGUAGCAGAAGGCCACCCAUUACCGUUGACCCAGGAACAGGUCGAGGAGCAGAUCGCGCUGCGGGGCCAUGCCAUUGAAGCUCGCAUCUAUGCCGAGAAUCCAGACAAAGGCUUCAUCCCAGAUUCCGGAGAGCUUCUACAUGUCAGACUCCCUACGCAGUCGGCUGACGUCCGCAUUGACAGCGGAUUUGUGGAAGGCGAUCAAGUUUCGAGCCACUACGACCCUAUGAUCGCAAAGCUCAUCGUUCGAGGCGAGGACAGGAAAGACGCAUUGCGCAAAAUGGCGGCCGCACUGCAAGACUACGAGGUGGCCGGGCCAGUGACAAACAUCGACUUCCUCAAACGAGUGUGCAAAUCCCCCGACUUCGUGGCUGGCCAAGUCGAGACAGGCUACAUCGAAAAGCAUCGUGAUGAAUUAUUCCCACAAACGACCGUGACACCUGAAGCGCUCGCCGAGGCAGCCAUAGCAUCAUUCCUGCAUUCGUCUACACAGGCCUCGGGCGCAGGAGUCUCAGCAUGGCAAACGUCAUCUCCAUCCUGGCUCAAGACCUCCUCCGAUUUUCAGCCUCGGACUUUUCAAUUUCAGUCGGCCGACUUUGAACCUGGACCGGGAAAAACGCCAGAGGUCUACAGCGUGGAGUUGCAACAGACCAGCCCCGGCCAUUUUGCAGUGACCACGCCAUCCCAAGCGGCCCCAUUGCAGGUGUCAUCGUCGCUCAACACGUCGACUAAUACUAUAACCACUUAUUUCCCCCAUACCCGUCAAACCUCGCGUGUGGUGUUCAGUUCAUCAGAUUCUGGCGUCAUCCACCUCUUCACUCCUCAAGGCUCGUUUCGUCUUGUUGCUCCCCAGCCUGCCUGGUUGUCAAAGGCACUCGGUGUUGUCGAGAAGCCCAACUCACUGUUCUCGCCCAUGCCGGCGAAGAUCCUGCGGGUCCUUGUCAAGCCGGGCGACACGGUACACAAGGACCAGCCGCUGCUGGUCAUCGAGAGCAUGAAGAUGGAGACUGUCAUACGCAGCCCUGCGGAGGGCUCGGUCGUGAAGAGAAUCGUGCAUGGCGAGGGUGAAGUUGUGCGUAGUGGUGUCGAGUUGGUGGAAUUUGAAGAGGGUGAGGCCACGGAACCGAACGCUUGA